GCCCCGAGUACGAUGAUAGCACCGACGAGGAAGCAGCCUAAGCCUUGGAUCAGAGGCGCGUCCACACCUUCCCCUCGAACGCAAGCGGCAGCAACGACGGCGUCGACCACGGAGUGUCUGAAGCGGGCGAGGCUCGCGGGGGCAUGCCGCCUGUGCGCCAUGACCACCUCGGUGGAGGCCAGCCAGGGCCACAAGCCGUUCAAACAGCGCAAGAGUCUCGCUACCCGGAAAGAAGAGGUGGCAGGGAUUCGAGCGAAGUUCCCCACUAAAGUCCCGGUGAUUGUGGAGCGCUACUCACGGGAGAAAACUCUUCCUCCUCUCGACAAAACCAAGUUCCUGGUACCUCGAGAAGUCACCAUGAGCCAGUUCGUCAGCAUCAUCAGGAACCGCCUGCUCCUGCGCUCCACGCACGCCUUCUACCUCAUGGUGAACGGCCGCGUCGUCCCCUCCAUGGCCGCCACCAUGGCUGACAUCUACGUGGAGCACAAGGACGAGGAUGGAUUCCUCUACAUGACCUACGCCUCCCAGGAGAUGUUCGGCUGAGACGACGACGAUGGUGAUGGUGACGACGAGGAGAACCGGUCUAUUACGGGUCCCUAAUUCUUAUAUUCCUGUGACACUGAAACCUCUUUUUUUAACCGAUGAGGUGUGGUUGUUGUGGCGGUGGUGGUUGCUGCCAAGCGUGGAAUGUGUGGUGGUGGUCUGAGAUCGCCUAUCUCUGUCGUUAUUUUGUUGUUGUGGGGGAUGUGGUUGUUUUUAGCGAGGUUGUGGACCGCGUGCGAGAGUGACCAUUUUGGCGGUAGGGGGGGGUGCCUUCUUGGUGUCAAAUA